AUGUCGACCGCGAAUGUCGAACAGAGCGCCAUGGAACUGCGCCUGCCGGACCUGCCGCCCAAGCCAGAGCCCCCGGCGCUAGAUGCAACGCUGCUGUCGCGCGACCAGGUGCAAGAAAUCAUCGACGCGUACGAGCGGCGCGAGCAAGCACUCGAGAUGCACAUCGCCGCGCUCUCGUUCGAGCCGCAUCGCUGCCUUGCACUUGCCGAUGCUGCAGCUAGUGGCGGACCAGAGAAUGGGGAUGCGCCACACGCGAGCCAGGAACCACGCGACCCAGUGCUGGGGGUACGUCUCUUGCAGCGGAUGGACGUGCUCCAGAAAGAGAACGAUGACCUGACUGCACGCAUGCAAGAGCUCAUUCAGUCGACUUCUUUUGUGCAACUACAGAAGCAAGAGGAAGAGAUCUAUGCCUAUUCCGGGGACGACGACCCGGAGCCGGGCGUGGCAGAGCAGGAAGCACAAGAUCCGCCCAUCUACUACCCUGACUUUAGCGCAUACUUGUAUGCUGGUGAUGGCUGUGUCCCUGAGCCGUCGGUAUCCGAAGAUGUUGAGGGAGCGGACGAAGCGUCGGACGUGUGGCACCUGUCGUCGGUGAUGGGCGAUCCCGUGGCUGUGGAUGCUGCGCGGCUGCCCAAGAACGAUGCAUUGCUUGACACGCUUGCGCAAAGUGUGCACCUCUUGAACGGCGAUACGGAGGAGGCCGUCUACAGAGCCAGCGGGGGCUAUGAGCAGGAUGCAUCGGUGUCCAAGUCUGCGUCUGCAUCCGACAUCAAGUCACAGUACUAUGAUCUCGUCAAGACAUUGCACCCCGACCGUGCAGCGUCCAAGCCACUCGACAAAAAAGAAUAUGAGCGGCGUCUGGAAAAGUUUCGAUCGGUGGUCAAAGCGUACGACUUGCUCAAAGAUCCAAAGAAGCGGGCUAUGUAUGACAAGUUCGGCAUGGGAUGGGAAUUUGAUGUAUCCAGUGUCAUGGCGCAGGCUGAGCGUCAGCGCUAUACAUGGGCAGCCCGCGGUCAGUUCCGACCUCGUACGCAGGCCGAGUGGGACCACUGGCACAUGUGGUCCGAGGUCCUGCGUCGCACGCAUACGCGUGGGCAUGGGCAUGCGUGGCAAAAGGCAGCGCAAGGCCGCUACUCUGCCGAUGGCUUCUACGGUUUUCCGGAAAUGUCCAGAGAAGAGGCCGAGCGUCGUGCGAAAGAGGCGAUGCCGUUGAACCAACGCGUCUACAUGGCGGUCUUUGUCGUCGCAUGGAUCCUGGCCAUUUUCCAGAUCCAACGUGUGAAUUAUAUCGGCAUGCAAGAAGUCGAGGCCUCCGCACGACGGUCCCAGGAGGUGGCCAAGAACCUCGAAAUGGCACGCGAAAAUGCACGGAGCACCGAGGGCCAGGUCCGACAGCGCGCUUUGAUGGAGCGCGUGCGGCAACAAAAGAUGGCGCGCGAGCCGAGCACUGUGCUGGCACUCCCUCCUAUUGAUACCCAAAAGGCAUGA